AGAGAACCUCCCAGAGCCCGGGCUCGGCUUCGCGCUCGCUCCGCGCCCCGCCCUCCGCCGCAGCCCGCGCCGGGGGUGGGGGCCCCGCGCAGCCCCCGGCCGGCCGCCCGCACCGCGUCCUCCCUCCUUCCCUCCCUCCCUUCCACUGAUCCUGUCCCCCAUUCCCGGAUUAUUAACUCAGCAACCAGAGGCGACUGGAUCUACCGAGUCCUGGCCACCGGGCCCGGGCCGGGGCGCCCGGAGCGCUUGGGGAUCCUGCAAGGUGACCAUGGCCUUGCUGGGGAAGCACUGUGACAUCCCCACCAACGGCUGUGGGUCUGAGCGCUGGAACUCCACCUUCACCCGCAAGGACGAGCUCAUUAAUAGUCUGGUGUCCGCCCUAGACUCCAUGUGCUCGGCGCUCUCCAAGCUGAACACGGAGGUGGCCUGCGUGGCGGUACACAAUGAGAGCGUCUUCGUCAUGGGCACCGAGAAGGGAAGGGCGUUCUUGAACACCCGGAAGGAGCUCCAGUCAGACUUCCUCAGGUUCUGCCGGGGACCCCUAUGGAACGACCCAGAAGCAGGACACCCUAAAAAGGUGCAGCGCUGUGAAGGUGGUGGCCGGAGCAUCCCGCGGUCCUCUCUGGAGCAGUGCUCGGAUGUGUACCUGCUGCAGAAGAUGGUAGAGGAAGUGUUUGAUGUUCUUUAUAGUGAGGCUAUGGGCAGGGCCACCGUGGUACCUUUGCCCUAUGAGAGGCUGCUCAGGGAGCCGGGGCUACUGGCGGUGCAGGGGCUGCCCGAGGGCCUGGCCUUCCGGAGGCCAGCAGAGUAUGACCCCAAGGCACUCAUGGCCAUUUUGGAGCACAGUCACCGAAUUCGGUUUAAGCUCAGAAGGCCUCCUGAUGACAGUGGGCAGGACACAAAGGCGCUGGUGGAGAUGAAUGGUAUCUCUCUGCUACCCAAGGGGUCCCGAGACUGUGGUCUGCAUGGCCAGGCCUCCAAGGUCGCUCCCCAAGACCUGACCCCCACCGCCACGCCAUCCUCCAUGGCUAACUUCCUGUACAGCACUUCGAUGCCCAACCACACCAUCCGGGAACUCAAGCAGGAGGUGCCAACCUGCCCGUUGACCCCCAGCGACCUGGGCUUGGGCUGGCCCGUGCCUGAGCCCCAUGUCCCCAGCACCCAAGAUUUCUCUGAUUGCUGUGGACAGACGCCUGCAGGGCCUGCUGGGCCUCUCAUCCAGAAUGUCCACGCUUCCAAGCGCAUUCUCUUUUCCAUUGUCCACGACAAGUCAGAGAAGUGGGAUCCCUUCAUCAAGGAAAUGGAGGACAUCAACACCCUGCGGGAGUGCGUGCAGAUUCUGUUUAACAGCAGAUACGCGGAAGCCCUGGGCCUGGACCACAUGGUCCCCGUGCCCUAUAGGAAGAUCGCCUGUGACCCCGAGGCUGUGGAAAUUGUGGGUAUCCCAGACAAGAUCCCCUUCAAGCGGCCCUGUACCUACGGAGUGCCGAAGCUGAAGAGGAUUCUGGAGGAGCGACACAGCAUUCACUUCAUUAUCAAGAGGAUGUUUGAUGAACGCAUUUUCACAGGGAACAAGUUUACCAAAGACCCCAUGAAGCUGGAGCCAGCUAGCCCACCAGAAGACACUUCCACAGAAGUCUGUAGGGACAGCAUGCUGGACCUGGCUGGGACUGCGUGGUCAGACAUGAGCAGCGUCUCGGAAGACUGUGGGCCAGGAACCUCAGGAGAGAUAGGAAUGUUGCGGCCCAUCAAGAUCGAGCCAGAGGAGCUGGACAUUAUUCAGGUUACUGUCUCGGAUCCUUCACCUACCUCUGAGGAGAUGACCGACUCACUACCUGGGCAUCUGCCCUCAGAAGAUUCCGGUUAUGGGAUGGAAAUGCCGGCUGACAAAGGCCCCAGUGAGGAACCGUGGUCAGAAGAGAGGCCGGCGGAAGAGAGCCCUGGUGACGUGAUCCGGCCCCUGCGGAAGCAGGUGGAGAUGCUGUUCAACACGAAAUAUGCCAAAGCCAUUGGUACCUCAGAGCCGGUCAAGGUGCCCUACUCCAAGUUCCUGAUGCACCCAGAGGAGCUGUUCGUACUGGGUCUGCCUGAAGGCAUCUCUCUUCGAAGACCCAACUGCUUCGGGAUUGCCAAGCUGCGGAAGAUUCUGGAAGCUAGCAACAGCAUCCAGUUUGUCAUCAAGAGACCCGAACUGCUCACUGAUGGCGUCAAAGAGCCUGUUCUGGACACUCAAGAGAGGGACUCCUGGGACCGUCUUGCGGACGAGACCCCGAAGAGACAGGGCCUUCAAGAAAAUUACAACACCAGACUCUCUCGGAUCGACAUCGCCAACACACUUAGGGAACAAGUCCAAGACCUGUUUAACAAGAAAUACGGUGAAGCUCUGGGCAUCAAAUACCCAGUGCAGGUGCCCUACAAGCGAAUCAAAAGCAAUCCAGGCUCGGUAAUCAUCGAAGGCCUACCCCCCGGGAUCCCAUUCCGCAAACCCUGCACCUUUGGCUCCCAGAACCUGGAAAGGAUCCUCUCUGUGGCUGACAAGAUCAAGUUCACGGUCACCAGGCCAUUCCAAGGACUCAUUCCAAAGCCUGAAACCAAAAUUCUCACUGCAGGACAUGAAGCUGGAAAAACCACCAGACCAAGGCGACUGCAACAAGACAGCUGGCAGCCAGAUGAGGAUGAUGCCAACAGGCUUGGGGAGAAGGUGAUCCUCCGAGAGCAGGUGAAGGAACUCUUCAAUGAGAAAUACGGUGAGGCCCUGGGACUGAAUCGGCCUGUGCUAGUUCCUUACAAACUGAUCCGGGACAGCCCAGAUGCUGUGGAGGUGAAGGGCCUCCCAGACGACAUCCCCUUCCGGAACCCCAACACCUACGACAUCCAUCGGCUGGAGAAGAUCCUGAAGGCCAGGGAUCACGUACGGAUGGUUAUCAUCAACCAGCUCCAACCCUUUGCAGAAGUCUGCAAUGACCCCAAGGUGCCAGAUGAGGAUGACUCUAACAAGCUUGGCAAGAAGGUGAUCCUCCGAGAGCAGGUGAAGGAACUCUUCAAUGAGAAAUACGGUGAGGCCCUGGGACUGAAUCGGCCUGUGCUAGUUCCUUACAAACUGAUCCGGGACAGCCCAGAUGCUGUGGAGGUGAAGGGCCUCCCAGACGACAUCCCCUUCCGGAACCCCAACACCUACGACAUCCAUCGGCUGGAGAAGAUCCUGAAGGCCAGGGAUCACGUACGGAUGGUUAUCAUCAACCAGCUUCAACCCUUUGGGGAUGUCUGCAACAAGGCCAAGGUGCCAGCCAAAGACAACAUUCCCAAGCGCAAGAGAAAGCGGGUCUCUGAAGGCAACUCAGUCUCCUCAUCCUCUUCAUCGUCGUCCUCUAACCCAGAGUCUGUGGCAUCCACCAACCAGAUCUCCCUCGUGGUAAAGUCAGGCGGAUCCGAACUUCACCCUAAUUCUGUGUGGCCUCUGUCCCUCCCUCGGGCAGGGCCAUCCUCAGCUCCAGGAACUGGGAGGCCCGGGGCUGUGAGGGGGACUCAGCGAACCACAGAGGUGCAGGCACAUCCACUUGUUUUGCCCACGAGAUAGACUGAGGGCCCGUGCAAGCAGUGCGGUGCUUGAAGUGUGGGUAUCACCUGCGACAUGUAUAAAUGAGAUCAGCAGGAGCCAGAGGGGGACGGUCACGUGACAGAACGCAACCUCCACCUUCUGUCUACCACAUUGCUUUGAUUGGCCCUUUCCUGAUUCAGAGGAAUUCAUGUUAAAAAUAAACCCACCCUGGGUGUGGUGUCUUAUGUCCUUAGUCCCAGUAUAUACGAAGCACCACAGAAACUGAACCUGAUGGUACACGCCUGGGAUCCUAACACUGGAGAGGUAGAGUCAGGAGGAUCAGAAGUUCAAGGUUAGCCUCAGCUACUUAGAAAGUUUGAGGCUAGCCUGGGCUACCUGAGACUGCUUCAAGAAAAAGGAAUGGAGGAAAGAAAGACUGGUUUUUCUUUUUUCCUUUUUCCCUAUCAUUGACUACUCCCUCCCGUCACCCCAAGAGGUGAGACAGUGUCUGUGGGGUGGAGCUGGGUGAGCGAUGGCUUCUGCUAUUCCACCUGUGUGACCUCGGACAGGUCUCUUUCCCUCUCUGGGCCUCAGUGGCUGCAAAAUAAGUAACAUUUGAAUUCACCCUCAAAGAAAGCGUGCUAAUGAUUCUGGGAGUUCCUUGUGUCACCUGGAGUCCUAAUGUGGUCCCUCUAUCCCCUUUUCCCCCCCUCU